AACGUCACGUCACAGUUUUGUUUUGUUUUGAGAUGAAUAACAAAUUCAAGCAAAUGAGGAGCAGUGUAAGGUUUAAAUAGGGAUAAACAUGGGAUGACAGACACAUAUUAGGAGAGACAGAGAUAUAGAAAGGGGAGAGAGUAAUAUAGCGGGAGAGAGAUAGAGAGACAUAGAGAGACAGAGAGAGACAGAAAGAGACAGAGAGAGAGAGACAGAGAGAGACAGAGAGAGAAUAAGAGAGUUUUCUUCAAACAACAGUGAUGGAAACGUUGUGGUAUCUCACCCUGCUAAUCACAGGAUUCUACACACCUUCCUCAUGUCUUCAUCAGUAUCACCUCAUUACCAACAAUAUGAACUGGACUGAUGCCCAGAGUUACUGUAGAGCACAUUACACUGAUCUGGCUACAGUAGAUGACAUGGAGGACCAGAACAGGCUGAUUACCAGUGUCAGUAGUUAUAACUACUGGUUCUGGAUUGGACUGAAUAUGGGAGACUCCAUGAAGUGGCACUGGUCUCUGGCAGACAAACGUUUCUACAGAGAGGGGGAGACUGAGUUCAGAAACUGGGACACUGCGACACCCCAAAAUGGUAACUGUGCUUUAAUGAGUACAUCUGGGCUGUGGAACAACACCUCCUGUGAUGACCAGCAUCACUUCAUCUGUUAUGAUGGAAAACAAGUCACCAACCUAACACACAUCUUAAUUCAGGAGUACAAGACCUGGAUAGAUGCUCAGAGUUACUGCAGACAGCAUCACACAGAUCUGGUCAGUGUGAGGAACCAGACUGAGAACACAGAGAUAGAGAAGAAGAUAUCACUGAGGGGACUUCCUGUGUGGAUCGGCCUGUUUCAAGACUCCUGGAUAUGGUCAGACCAGAGUGACUCCUCAUUCAGAAACUGGUGGUCAAAAUGGAUUUCAACAGAUCAGUAUUUCAACUGCACUCUGGUGUCUUCCAAUCGUUCUUAUUAUUACACCGAAUGGGUAUAUGAUCCCUGUGACUUAUUCUUUCCUUUCAUCUGCUACAGCCCAGCUGUGGAGACUUCUGAGAAACCCCAACUGAAGAGACAGGUGGUGAGAGUGAAGAUGACACCAAAGGAUCGAAAUCUGAACCUCAGUGAUCCUACUGUUCAGGAUGCCAUCUUACAAGAGAUAAGGAACAAGCUGAAGGAGCAGGGGUUACCUGCAGACACCAAAGUGACAUGGAAAAAGCAGCCUGAUGGGAAGGUCUUCCACAAGGAUGAAGAGGGGUCUCCCAAUAAAGAAGAGGAUUAGAAGAAGAUGAAGAGGAUAAUGACAAAGAGAGAACUCUAAUUAUGUCAAAUUUUCUCCUUACAUUUCUCAUUUUAUUUGGAUUAAUUAUUUGUACUUGUAUGUAUUUUCUCAUCCUAAUUAAAUGUGUUUUAUUAAGAAAAUUGUUUAAUUAUAAACAUUAAUAGUGCUUUAUCUUCAGAUGUUUUUCUUGAUAAUUUUCUUGACUUGGUUGUUUUAUUUCCGGGUUUGUUCUCAAGAUAGACCUUUAAUACAUCAUGUCUAUAAAUGAGUUAUCUGUAGUUAUAUUAAUAUAUAUGGAGCUCUGCUUGGCGGCCUCUUCCAGCUCCUCCAUCUUCAACU